AUCACACCUAUAGAAUACACAGAUGCAUUAGUACACAUAUGUAGUUUUAUUAUAUAUAUCUAUGAUAAUAUGUCAUAAAGUAGAUGUCUACACAGAACAGAUAAAAACAUCUCUUUGGUAAAAUUUUUCUAUAACAACAUAUAACUAUGUUCUAUAACUACAACCAUUAUGUAGAAUAGAUAUUUUUCUCUACAACCAAAAAAUUAGUUGUCACCAAUUGUUUUGAGUGAUGAAAUUCGAGACAAUUGCAUAUUCGUAGUAUUGACUUACUGUAGCAAUUGUAGUAACUCUUAUUAUUUUGUGGUAACUAUUAUCAUUUGAUUAUUACAUUGAGAUAACUCAUGUUCAAUAUUGCAAUCCAAAUUCUUUUAAACUGUUUAUAGAAACAUUGCUUGUUUUUGGGCAUGCUUUAUAUUUUUCCUUAUUUCUUUUUUAUUCUCAAUUAAUAAUUUAUAAAAAAAAUGGAUCAAAAAACAUUUGAUGAUGCUAUAACUGAAACAAUGGAAUUACUGGAUAUGAGUUAUUCUGAAGCGCUAACUGACACCAUAAAUCAAUUUCAACAAUUGGGUAUGGAUAUGUCUAAAAUAAAAAUUAAAUUAGAACUAGCUGAUGGGCCAUUACCAUCUGCUCUGAACAAGUUAAAGAAAUCUAUUGAAAUAACUCAUUGGAAUGAAAUAGAAAUAAAUACAAUUGUGGAUAGUUUGAAAACAGUUGAAAAAGAAUGUAUAACUAAUGAAGGACAACGUUUAUCUAAAUUUAGUGGUGCAUUUGAAAUUAUAUGCAGCUAUCUCGAAAGAUUGACAGAUUUUAAUAAUGAUCAUAAAGUUCAAUUUAUAAAGACCUUUGAAGCUCUUUUAUCUGGGGGAAAGCAACUUAUUUAUGGUAAAGCAUUAGACAUUAUGGUAGAUAUGUUAAAGAAAACUGAACAUGAAGGAAUCCUAAAUGCUCUAUUAUCUUGGUUCAAAGUCAUAAGUGUAACUGAAGAUGAAAGAGAAGAAUUACGAAUUAUUGGUUUAAGCGAAAUUCUCAAAAAUAUUUUACUCAUUAAUUCCUCUAACAAAGAAAUCAUCAGUUCAACAUGUCAGUUAAUUAGAGCUCAGAUAAGAGAAGAUAACUGCAGUGGGGAUUUCUCCAACGCUGGAGAACGAUCAAGACUUUUAGCAUGCGAUGUUUUAGAACAAUUAAUUAUUAUUAUGAAAGAUUUUAUAUUAGAAUCUGAAGAUGUAACUAGUGAGAUAUUUUUCACAUUAGCAACAAUCAUUGUUCGGUUUGAGUUUUGUCGUAAAUUUAAUGAAAGUGGAGGUUUGACUAGAAUAAAACUUGCUAUGGAAUAUCAUACAACUGUGAAAUUGAAUACACAAUCAUUUAGAUUAUUGAAAUCACUAGCUGGAGAUGAUUUAGUUAAAGAUGAUAUUAGAAAACAUGGACUAUGUAUUCAUAUUUUAUCGGCUUUACAAAGACAUAUAAAUAAUAAACCAUUAUGUAUAGAAGCUAUGAAAUUAAUUACUACUUUGUGUCUACGAUCACCUCAAAAUAGUACUGAACUUAUUGGGAUAGGAGUUGCUGAAUUGAUUGUUCAGGCCAUGAAAGUUCAUUCAAAUGAUUAUAAACAUCAACAACAUGCGUGUACAGCUAUAAGAAAUAUUGUUUCAAGAAAUCGAGAAUUGGCAUCAGAAUUUUUAACUUUGAAUGUUGAAAGUAUUAUUGAAAAAAUCAUCGCUCAACAUAAAGAAUGUGAAUUUGAAGCAAAGAGUGCUUUGAGAGACCUUGGAUUAGAAGUUAAAUUCAAAGAACAAUGGACUGGUAAAGGUCAAAAUUUAACACAAUAAAAAAAUUUUUUCAAUGUUAUUAUAGAUAAAAUAAACAUUGUUUGAUAACAUUACUAACUUAUUUUUUUUACUUUAAUAUAUGAUUUUUUUACUUAU